AAUACACGACAUUGCGACCCAAAACACAUUGCUGUCGAUGCAAUAAAUUCGCCUAUGCGAGUUGUUCAAAGACAACGAUAGCAUAUCCCACAGCAUCUCACCUGAUACGAUGGUUGACGUACCACUCAAGCUCAACACUGGAGCCACCAUUCCCGCCUUGGGUCUGGGCACAUGGCAGAGCCCAGAAGGUCAGGUCCGCGCGGCUGUCGCAUAUGCGAUCAAGUCAGGCUACCGCCACAUCGAUUGCGCCUACGUCUACGGAAACGAGAAAGAAGUGGGCGAGGGGAUCAAGGAGGGUCUCGCGGCCACGGGCAUUCCCAGAAGUGACCUGUUCAUCACGACCAAGCUGUGGUGCACAUAUCAUACGAGGGUGGAGCAGAACCUGGACAUUAGCCUGAAGCUGCUGGGUCUCGACUACGUCGACCUCUACCUCAUACACUGGCCCAUCGCCAUGAACCCCAACGGCAACGACGAGAAAUUCCCCAAACUGCCCGAUGGGUCAAGGGACCUGAUCCGAGACCGUUCCCACGUCGACACGUACAAGGAUAUGGAGAAGUUGCUCAAGACCGGAAAGACAAAGGCGAUUGGCGUUGCCAACUACUCAAAGCGAUUUCUCGAGGAGCUGCUUCCCCACGUUGAGGUGGUUCCGGCCACGAACCAAAUCGAGAACCACCCACUACUGCCCCAGCAAGAGAUUGUGGAUUACUGCAAAGAGAAAGGCAUCCUCAUCACCGCCUACAGCCCUCUCGGUAGCACGGGGAGUCCCUUGAUGAAAGACCCACACGUGGUCAAGCUGGCCGAGGAGAAAGGAGUCACACCAGGCUGCAUCCUCCUGAGUUACCACAUCGCCAGAGGCAGUUCUGUGCUUGCCAAGUCGGUCACACCUUCUCGCAUCGACGAGAACAAGAAAAUCGUCUCACUGUCCGAGAGCGAGCUUGCCUCUUUGGCCGAGAUCUCCAAGAACGGCGUCACCCGUUUUGUCUAUCCCGCGUUCGGCGUCGACUUUGGCUUCCCCGACAAAUCUUAAGAGCUCUGGUGAGCGAGACGGGUUCUGCCGUUCAUAUAGACUUCCAAAUCUUCUCAUGGUUGGUCACAUAGCGAGCGAGCGAGCAUUUCGGAUUCGAGACUGGAAAAGGUACACGGGUGCUAUGGCUAGAGCGUCUUCUGGGGCUUGUAGACGAAGGCAUGGACUCGGCGACGGGAUUGGUGAUCUUCCAGGCCGACUUCGAUAAACCCAUUUUCCAUAGUCCAAAACAAAAUAACUAGACACACGCACUGUCUCCCAUGAAUUCAAUACAAAGACGUCGCCAUG